CGGACGCUCAUUUCUUAGUCGUGCAAUUUCAAAUAGUCGUGACCUUGGGGUCCUUAUUGCUUCACAGUUUCAUCAAUUUGCCUAACAAGCAAUCACAAGACAAAUUUCUUCGAUACCUAGCUAUUCUGUUAUUUUCAAAUCCAGGGUUCAUGGGACAUUCAAAUAUGUUUGUAGCAAUUAAUGCUGAUUUCAUGUGUAGAACACCAGACACAUUUUUAUUGCGAAGACCAUUCUUAUGUCUCAAUUUUAUCAUUUUCGCACAAGUUCUGGCCUCAGUUGUUUGUACAAACAUGACAGACACAAAUGAUACUAAUUAUGAUCGGAUAAAUGAUGUCACUAAAGCACUUCCAGAUCAACAGUCGUCUACACAUUUAGAGUUAUCAUCACCAAAUGAUAUUAUCCUUGAAAAUACAUGGAGAUAUAGGUCAUUUCCAGGUAUAAAAAUACCGGUUGUUCGUUCCCCUCAUCCAACCUUUGGAUCACCAUGGCCAUUACCAUGGAGUUGGUCAUCAUCUUCAUGUUAUUAUAAUGUGGAUAUGCAACAGUUUCACUUUGAAUUCCAUACAAUUUCAAAUGAGAUUCUACAAUCAGCUGUAAAUCGAUAUACGUUUAUGAUACGAAAUAAGCUUGGUUUUUCUGUGUACCCAAAAGUUUGGCAACAUAAUGAAAAGAGCUUAUUCAGUCAUUUCUCUGAUAAUUAUCAGUCGACUUGUGAAAAUUCUCCUGUAAAGCGAAAUCAGGAUUUUCGCGACAGUAGUUGGAAAAAAAGUUCAUCAUCAUUCCGAGCAAAUCAUCAUUAUUCAAGUAGUACUAAUAAUAACUCCCAUGAUACUAAUUUAAAAACUUCAAAUGAUAUAUCUCAUAAUUUUAUAUCUGAACAAAUGUCUCAUUUAAUUCGCAAGUACAAAUUAUCUGAACACAGUAUACGGCGUAGAGGAAUUCAAAAUUCUGCCUUGUUGCAUGUGAUAAAUCCCGAUUCGAAAUUGCCACAUGUUAAUAUGGAUGAAUCCUAUAUCCUGGGUGUUACAGAAAAUGGCAUUUUUAUUAUUUCUAAUGAAACAUGGGGGGCUUUAAGAGGUUUAGAAACACUUAGUCAAUUAAUGUGGACUACGAAAGAUCAAUCUCAUGUUUUUGUUAAUCGAACGUACAUUGUCGAUUACCCCCGUUUCAAACAUCGUGGAUUAAUGAUUGACACUUCUAGGCAUUUUAUAAGCAAAUCUGUUAUUUUACUGAACUUGGAGGCUAUGAGUUAUAAUAAAUUAAAUGUUUUACAUUGGCAUAUUGUGGAUGAUCAGUCAUUUCCAUAUCAAAGUGAUGUAUAUCCUGAACUUUCGGCUAAAGGUGCUUAUCGAGAAGAUUUAGUUUAUACAUCGAAUGAUAUCAAAGAAAUUGUGGAGUUUGCCCGAUUUCGAGGCAUUCGUGUUAUUCCCGAAUUCGAUAUACCAGGUCAUACUCGAAGUUUGUCACUUUCUCAUCCAGAAAUUAUGUCACAAUGUCAAUAUGAUUAUAAAAAUCUUGCAUAUUACGGCCCACUUAAUCCAGCUUCAAAUAAAACAUACGAGCUUUUAGAAAAUUUAUUUAACGAAGUUUUUCAAUUAUUUUUAGAUGAUUAUAUUCAUCUGGGCGGUGAUGAAGUAGAAACAAUAUGUUGGGAGCGUGAUCCUGAAAUUCUACAGGGCGUUGAAAAUCAUGAUCAAUCCAAUUCAAUAUUUUGGAUUAACUACUUUUGGAGAUGUGUACAAAAUCUAGUUACCCAGAUAGGCAAGAAGAAUCCUCAGUCGAAACGAAAUUUAAUUCUGUGGGAAGAUGUCGUAGAACAUGUAACCGAUCUUAAAAAAUCGCUGUUUGUUCAAGUCUGGAAAAGUCAUCCAUUAUCUCAUUUAUCUAAAGGUUUUAAUAUUAUCUAUUCAAGUUGUUGGUAUUUGGAUUUACUUAAUGAUAUUAAGCGUUGGACAGAUUUUUAUCUGUGCGAUCCAUCCAACGAUGCUCCACUGGAAACUGAACAGCAAAUUCUAGGUGGUGAAGCUUGCAUGUGGAGUGAAUACCAAUCGGAUGAUACAGUUCUAACAAAAAUUUGGCCGGUUACAAGUGCUGUUGCAGAACGUCUUUGGAGUGCUAAAGAAAUAAAUGACUUAGAAUUUGCCGGUCCGCGCAUUGAAGAACAACGAUGUCGUUUAAUCAAUCGUGGUAUACCAGCUGGUGUUCUUCUUGGUCCAGGAUAUUGUGAUAGUACUAAACAAAUGACAACAUGGAAUAUCGAUGAAAUUAUAUUAGAUGAAUAUAAAAAUAUUAAAAAUAUCAUGAAGCGAAUGGAACCAAAUAAUAAUAAUCAUGACAUUUAUCAAAAUAAAAAUAAUGAUUAUAGACCUAUUAAUUUAUGGAGUGAUAAAGAUUUGUUCAUUGGUAUUUUCAUCGGCAUUUUAAUUACAUCAUUAUUUCGCCAUCGUAAUUUUUUACCAUUUCGAAUGGCUAAGUGUAAUUUAUCUGUUAUACGUACAGUAUGUUUAUGUAUUUUGAUUUUUGUAAUAUUAAUAAUUUUCUUUAAUCAUAUGUAUUCUGUAUUUGUAUAGAAUUUAAGUGGAAAUCAUUAGUUUGUCUCUACUACUACUAACAUACAUUAUUGCAUAAUUUUCGUGGCACCCCCAUUAUAUUUUUCAUUUUCAUUGCUUAUUAGCAAUUAGUAUUGAAAAAUUAGUUAUUUCACUCUGCACUUUUUAUACUCUUAUCCUAUUUAGUGUAUAUAUAUGUUGUGUUGUUGCAAUUUGACUUGAUGAUUCUAAUGUUCUCUUUCGUACUCUUUGUCUCUCUGUACGGAAUACCUAUUUACUUUUGCUAAGCGUUAAGUGUUUUUAAGACGCUUCCCAAGACGUAUAUCUACCUGUCUAUCCAAAUAAUUAUGUAGUUGUUUGUAAUCAUGUUUUAUUUGUGUAUGUAUGUAUUUCAUUUAUUCUUUCCUCCUUGUCUUAUACCACAUUACUUUAAUUCAUCCUAUUCAUUACUGUUGUAUCUUACGUAAGAAGAAACUUGUACUGUCUUUAAUAAUCGUGAGAAGACAUGAAUCUCUUUGUCAUUGUCUUUCCUAUUACAUAUUACACAUAAAUCUCAGUGACUGAAGAAGAAGCAGAAAAACUAAUUCACAGUGCAGUCAGUAAUAUACUAUUCUUAUAUUAUUUUAUUCCUAUUAAAGUUGUUAUUGUAUUGUCUUGUUAGUAUUAUUGCUUACGUUUUUUACCUUGCAUGCUUUUUUAUGUCAGUUUGUUUCUUCUUAAACAAGGAACAAAACCAUUUGUCCUUGUGUAUUACACUAACAAAUGGUGCUCUGUUAUAUUCAUAAAUGAUGCAUACUUAUUUAUUCAUUCGUUUGUUGACCUUCUUUAACUUGUAUGUGCUCAGCGUUCUUCAUGUUUUAGACUAUUUAUGCUUUAUUUCUUAAAUUUUCCAAAUAUGAUUGAUAUUAAAUUUUCAGUGGAUGUUUGUUCAUUGAAAGGAAACUUUCAGUCUGUUUUUUUAAACCGAAAACAUGAUUUCUACAUAUAUGUGAAGUAAAAUAUACGUAGAUUUUUCGAAUUCA